UUCUAUCGACUAACAAAAUAGACACGUUCAGUUUCCUACCACAACCAAACAAUCUCAAGACCUUGAUAACAGCUACUACCCAUAUCCUUCAUUACACAAGAUCAUUUACAAACGCAUGCCUUUCUUCUCAAUUCCGGCGAGAUCUAAACCUCAUCACUCUCUCUGCGAUUCCCCUUUUCACUUCCAUUGAUUCCCUCCAUUGUUAAACCUCUGAGUUCCCUUCCAUACGUUCACCCCGAAACAUGGUGUUACAUUCCGUGUUCGAGACCCAAAAAACACCAGUUGCGUCGACUGAACCACCGUCAUCACCACAACCACCCAUGUCCUCCUCCGUUCCCUCUUCGAAGCCUCAACCUCUCAGAAGCCUCGUUUUCUCCAACUUCAAGUGGCCUCUCGAAUAUCGCUCCUCCACCACAGCCUCCAAUCACCACCACCGCUUCUGCAACGUACUUUCCGAGUCGACUCCCGACUCGGAGCCCCAUGCGAAUGAUCUUCCCGCGGUCAAUGAAGAUCAUAGUUCCCUGGCGGUCCGUAAACUCGCAGAUUCGGCUCUGUUUCCUGGCUCGGAACCUCAGCUCGCUCAUCCGCUGAAGUACGGUCACCACUUGUUCGGUAAACUAGCCGGUUCGACUAGGACGCAUUCUAAAUCCCGGAGUCGAAAUGAUCCGGGGCCUGGCGUGACGAAUGGCCUCUCCUUCGUCGGUUCGUCUGAGCGCUUGAUCGUAAAGGAAGCGAAGAAAAUUUCGGAGAACAAAUCUGCGAACUCUGGCCGUGUGAUGCUGAAACCGGGUGAUAAAUCGAAGGCACCUGACCCGAAGCCGAAGAUCUACAUUCGUAUUUCAACCAAGAACAAGUCAACUGCUGCUGAUGGUGUCGCAAAAGCAACGGAGCAAACCUCACCGGUUGCCGUCGAAGUCAAAGAACUGCCGCCAAAGCCGUGGAAUCUGAGGCCUAAAAAACCGUCGCCUAAGACUCUCCACGGCGAUGGAGUAGGAAUAGCAUUAAGAGCUGGUGGAGCACCGGCACAGGAGACCAAAACCCAGCAUCCGGUUCGCGCUUCGGCUCGGGCACGAAAAGGAACGAACUCGAAAGUUUCGGAGACAAUUCCAAGACUUUGUAUCGCGCUGUCGAAGGAAGAGAUCGAAGAGGAUAUCUUCAUGCUCACUGGGUCCAAGCCUGCCAGGAGACCCAAGAAGCGUGCGAAAACCGUUCAGAAACAGCUCGAUAGUGUUUUUCCGGGAUUGUGGCUGACUUCGAUUACGCCGGAGUCAUACAACGUCAGCGUUGCUCCCGGGAAGGGUAAUUGAGACUGCUGACAAUUUAUGAUCUUUCGACUGGUCUACUGACCCCUUUCGACUUCAGAGGAAGGUAUAGACAAACCACAAACUAACAAACUAGAAAAUUUAGAAGAUAAAUGGAUGACUUUUUGUAUCUUAAUGUGAUGCCCUCCUGUCCUCUACAUCGGGAGGAGGUCAAUCAGAAUUAAUGUAAUAAGAGUUAUACCGCUCGUUUUAUUGAUUAUUAGAAGUCACUGACGUACAUAUAUAGGAGUUAAAAUUAUUGUAGUUUGAAGGAUGAGACUCUAGAAUAAUUUUUGUGUUUAUGUUUUAUAUUUCCUUUGAAUGAGUAUGGUUUUGGAGAACUUCUUUA